UUAUUGUUCGUUGUUCCCUGCGUGGCCGAGGAGAAAAUCCGAAGCUUCAAUUUUUGUUCUUUUUAUUAUUAUUACUAUUAAUUUUUGUUCUGUGUAUUCGUGGUAGUUUUUGAAGAUUUUUCAGUGCAGAGAAAAAACCCUAAGAAGAAGAUGGACUCGGUGCAAGCUCUGAUAACGCAAAUCCAGGGGUUAUCGAGCAGCGCCGGGGACGUCUCACGGCUUCACUCUAAUCUGAAGCAAGCCGAGGAGACAAUUUUCUCUGAGUCGGCUAGGUUGUUCUCUGCUCUUGAUCAACUUGACCCCUCCAUUCACUCUCUCGGAUAUCUCUACAUCCUAGAAGCAUGCUCAUCUGGUCCACUUACAAAAGAACGGGCAGCUGCAUUGGUUCUGCCAAUUUCCAGAUUUAUUAAUGCUUGUGCUGUGGAGCAGAUUCGUUUGGCACCCGAGAAAUUCAUAUCCGUUUGUAAAAGGUUUAAAGACCAAGUUAUGUUGCUUGAAGCUCCGAUGCGAGGUGUAGCACCCUUGCUGACAGCUAUUAGAAAACUUCAGACAUCCUCAGAACAUUUGACUCCCUUGCAUCCUGAAUUUCUUCUUCUUUGUUUGUUGGCCAAAUGCUACAAAACUGGUUUGUCUGUUUUACAUGAUGACAUUUCUGAAGUUGAUCAGCCAAGGGAUCUUUUCCUCUAUUGUUAUUAUGGGGGAAUGAUAUGCAUUGGACAAAAGCGUUUUAGCAAAGCAUUGGAGCUUCUACAUAAUGUUGUAACUGCCCCAAUGUCUACUAUGAAUGCCAUAGCAGUUGAAGCAUACAAAAAAUACAUUCUGGUUUCUCUUAUUCAUCACGGACAAUUCUCUACUAGUCUUCCUAAGUACACUUCUUCUGUAGCUCAGAGAAAUCUAAAGAACUUCUGUCAGCCCUACAUUGAAUUGGCAAAUAGCUAUGGCACUGGAAAAAUUACAGAAUUACAGACUUAUGUCCAGACAAACAAGGAGAAGUUUGAAAGUGACAACAAUCUUGGAUUGGUAGAACAAGUUUUAGCUUCCAUGUACAAGCGUAACAUUCAAAGAUUGACUCAAACAUACUUGACUCUCUCCCUCGAAGAUAUAGCCAACACUGUGCAGCUAAGCAGUGCAAAGGAAGCAGAAAUGCAUGUUCUACAAAUGAUCCAAGAUGGUGAGAUAUAUGCAACAAUUAAUCAAAAAGAUGGAAUGGUUAGAUUUCUCGAGGAUCCUGAACAAUAUAAGACCUGUGAGAUGAUUGAACAUAUUGACUCGGCAAUUCAAAGGAUAAUGGCACUUUCAAACAAGUUGACUGGUAUGGAUGAACAAAUCUCAUGUGAUCCAUUGUACCUUGGAAAGUGUACAGGUUGGUAGAGAGCGACAGAAACUAGAGUAUGAAGACUAUGAUGGCGUUCCUCAGAAAUUUAAUAUAUGAACUCAAGAAAAAAGACAGCUUUGUAUAUGGACCUUAAAGUGUGAUUGAUGAUUUCUCAUCUUCUUUUUUGGAAAGGGAUGGAAAUUCUUUUUGUCAUUUACCUCUUUGUUACUCGUUGUGAACGACUGUUGGACAUGCUUUAUAGUAGGUUUUUCCUUUGUUCGUC